AUGUUCGCCACCGUCCUUCUUCAGUGCCCACCUGCCACCCGGGCUGCUUUCCUUCCAGCUACGUGCGCCGCUGCCGAUUUGCUCCGAGCCUGCAAUCGAAUUGUCCGGGACCUGUCUCUCAUCUUGGCACCCCCCGAAAUUUGGUGUGGGACAGCUACCUCACUGAACCCAACUCUUUUUCUCCGGUCCGGCGACGUUCUCACUCUCGCUGGAGAGACCUGGGCUCCUCGCCUCCGCUCGCCGGCCGGGCGUUACUGGGACACGCUGCUCCAGGCGCGUCACUUCGCCUUCUGGGGAAGCCCUUUCAGCAUACGCCAACCUGGGCUCCUGUUUGCCUGGUCACCCGGUGACCCAGUCCCACUCACUGUGCCCACGGUCCGUGACGAACAAUGGGACCCCGUGCACUGCACAUUUCGGCCCUCCCUUGCCCGUUUCAGUGUCACUCGAUGGAUUCCUGCACAGCGGCUUGAUGACCUCGGUCUUCACCUUGUCCCUGAGAGCCCGAACCUGCACCGUGCGCAUGUUCUUCCCGCACAGCCUCCCCUGCGCGUCCAGGUCGUUCCGCGACAAGGGGCGAGUGGCCUGCUGCGUGACGGAGAUAGCAUCUCUGGCUGUCGACCAACCCCGUCCCUUCUCCUUCCCCACCUUUUAGUUGGGGGUCUGCUCCCGGGAUCUCUCCGGCGGCUUUGGCUUGCUGCCCUUGGUCUCGGGCUCCUGGCAAGCUACGGCCCGCCGGCCGUCCCAGCUCACCCGCUCUUUCCCCGUGCAGGGGCCCUCUCAGGAGACUGCCAUGCUCCCACGUUUGAUUUUGGCCUCCUGUUCCGUACCUGCUGCUAUCUCCGCGCUCGGGGCGCGCCUGUUUGGAGCAGCACUGAUGGAAUCUCGUGGUCGGCCGAUGUUCAUGAAGAAUGCGUCGCCCAGGCGUCCAUACACCAACUCUGGUGGUCUCAUGAGCUUUACCCGUUUCUUCCCGCAUCCGCCCCUCCACCAUACCGUCAGGCUUUCUGCAACUUCCCGCUCUGGCACGGUGGAGUGCCUGACCAGGUCUUCAUUGCCACUGACGGCAGCGGCGAGCAUGGAGGGGCAUGGGCCUUUUGUGUGUGGGCCUGGUGGCGCCAUCGAUGGUACCGCGUCGGUUGGUUUGGGGCCUCUGGCUAUCAGCUCCCCUGGACCCCCGACCUGCCGCCCUCGGCAGGCGGCCUCUCCUUCCACACUGAACUCUCGGCCUUACAGGCUGCCGGACUCUGGCUUAUUGCCUGGGUUGACCGCCUGUCCCUUCUCACAGCCUCUGCCCCUACCAAGGUUACUGUUGCGGUCGAUAACGCUGCGGCACUUCAAAUCGCAGCAGGGCAGGCCCAAGCCGCAGCACCUGCCACCACCACCACUCGGUAUGUUUGGCAGGCCGUCCAAGCUCGGCUCUCCACACGGUUCCAGCAUGUCCAUAGCCAUGUCGGAGUGCUCCCAAACACCUUCGCGGACUUCCUUGCCGGCUGGUCGGGCCGAGUCUCCUGGCAACCCAUGCAAAACGCGGCUCCGUGGCUGUGGGUCAUCCCGCAUGCUCGUGUCGUUGAGGGUCGGCCGUGUAUUUGUUUGGUCUCUCAGACCAUUUCAUGUGCCCCUGCUACUGAGGCUGGUGACGUGCUCCCUCCUGUCGAAGAUACCUUGACAUCCACUGAGGCCGCUGUUCCACCGGGCCGUCCACCUGCCGAUUCUCCCAUCCCUUUGCGCUUGGUCACAGCCAAUGUUCAAACGAUGCGCGACUCCAACGCUUCAUUUUUCAAUCCCUCAGGGCAUGGUCAGCGGCGCCAGUACCUUUACUCCCAGGUUGCUACCUUAGGCCUCGACGUUGUCUGCCUGCAAGAAACUCGCAGCAAGGGUGGCCGUUGGGACACAGCCGGCCUCCUCACGUGGCGCUCUGGCGCGCAGAAAGGGAGCUAUGGUUGUGAAAUCUGGAUAAGGCCUGGCAUUACCAAUCCGCCCUUGCGGCUCGAUGACUGGCGCAUCGCUAGUGCUGACCCUCGUCUUCUCGUUAUUGUCAGCAAGCGUGAGGACUUACCUCUUGCUGUCAUCGCCGCCCAUGCCCCCCACGCUGAGCGGCCUGCUUCUGAGAUUCACCACUUUUGGUCUUCGUUGCACUCGUCCCUGUGCCAGCUGCCCCGGGCCCUGUCUCUUGUUCUCGGCCUGGAUGCUAACGCUGACCUCCUUUGGGCGGACGAAGACCAUGCCUAUAUAGGCGACUGUCUGGGCAACAGUGAGGAGGGUGCUGGCGAGCAAGGUCUUUUUGACACCAUCCAGCGCUUCGGUCUUCUUGCACCAGCUUCUUUCUCCGCCAUCCAACAGGGCCCGGGCUGGUCCUGGGAGCAUACGGGCGGUACUCGGAAGCGGCUUGACCACCUCCUGCUUCAGGCGGGUCCAUGGCAGUGCACCCGAGCCCGGCAACUCCCCGAGCUGGACAUUCUCAACGGCCGCAGAGAUCAUAUGCCUCUCCUCGUUGAAUGCUGUCUUAAACGACAGGCGACACUGGCCAGACCCCCCGGGGCAUCCAAUCGAGCUACCGCCCAGCAAGCACAGCUUAUUGCUGCUAGCCUUUGGUGCGAGCUCCCAUCUCCCGUGCGCAGCAUCGCUGAGGUUGGACAGGAGAUCAGGGAUCUCAAGGCUAGGCACCUCCGCCUCUUGAAGGCCCUCCCGCGAGCUCCUCGGCGGCCUGCCCGCCAGCCCUACAUCACUGCUGAGUCUGUCGCCGCCCUGGAUGUUGUGCGGCAGGCUCGCGAGCAACUCCCGCGCCUCCGCAAUAAUGUCGAAUGGCAGAAACGGCGCUUUCUUCUACUCGUGUGGCGCUGGAGUUGCGCCAGGGGACGAUCCGAUACUGUUGUCCCUCGCCCAGACCCCACCGGGCUUCAACAUGCCAGGUUGCUGUUACAGGCCUGUAAUCUGCACAUCCGGGGUCUGCAGCAGAAGGCACACUAUCUAGCCCGUUCUGAUAAGCUUGCCCAUUUCCGCACCCUUACCCUUGCUGCCACCCAGCAUUGGGAAUCCACAGGCAUUCCUUUGGAAUCUAUCCGGCAUCUUCGAUGGGCCUCUCGUAAGGCCCAUGACCGUCGGGCUGUGCACGCCGCUGGCGGUUUCGACAUCGACCGUGAGCUUGAAGCACAAUUUCGUGACCAGGAAGGCGCCCGCCUCGUCUCUCCUGCACAGCUCUCACAAACAGCCGAGCAGUGGCUCUCUGUCGAUGCCACUCGCUCCCCGUGCCUCGAGGCAGUUCCUUCACUGCUCCAAAUGGAGCAAAUGUGCAUCCGACAGGCACCAGCUAAGGCACCAGGACCUGACGGCCUGCGGAACGAGCUCUGGCGGGAACAUGGAGCCCUUGCCGGUCAAUGGCUUUGGCCACUCUGCACCCGCAUUGCGCUUCAGGGCCGAGAACCCUUCGAUUUCAAGAAAGCCAUCGUCUGCGUCCUCUACAAAAAGGGCCCGGCAUCAGUGCCUGCCAACUACCGUUCCAUCGCCCUCCUUAACGGCAUCGCUAAGCUGUGGCACUCACACCUCCGCACCACGGUCGGUGGGCAUGUGCUGUCUCGUUAUGAGCCCAUGCAGCUAGGAGGGCGCCGUGGCGUCCACACUGGGUUUGCACUGGCCGCUUUCCGAUGCGCCUGGGACCUUUCCGUCGCUGCGGGGCGGUGCGUUGCUGUUGUCUUUGUCGACAUCCAAGCCGCUUACUAUGAGGCUAGCCGAGAUCUUCUUUUCGAUGGCUUCCCUGACGAUGUCGAUGUCCCGGAGCACCAUCACCUUGCUGGACUUGUGCUCCAGCUUCAUGGUCAGGGGGCUCUCUCCGCUCUUGGCGUUGCUGAGGAUGUCAGCGCGCUCCUUCGGGAUUGUGUUGCCCUAUCCCACUGGUCGCUCUCCGGGUCGGACAACAUUUUCCUGGCCUCCCGAGGCUCCCGUCCCGGAGACGGCCUAGCUGACGUCCUGUUCGGCGCCCUAUUUGCCAUCGGGCUGCAACACAUCCAGCGCACUGCUUGCUCCAUGGGCAUCUCGCACACCAGUGCCGGGGUCGAGAUCGGCCUUGAGCCAGGCGUUAAGCCGAUUGGCUGGGCUGACGACCUUGCCGUCCUUGCGGACUUUGAUAGUCCUGCCGAGCUCCAAACACAGCUCCCCCAACUCACCGGUGUCAUUCUUGACACCCUCCGGUGCUUGCGGUUCCGGGUCAACCUUGGGGCAGGCAAAACCGAGGCCCUUGUCGAUAUUAGGGGAGACGGCGCACGCGCUGCACGCGGCGCCUUGCUCAGCGGCGACGCCCUUUUGGAAGUUUCCAAAGGUGACAGCAUUCGCCUUUGCCCUGAGUACAAAUACUUGGGUGUAGCCCAAUUGCCUCGAGACACCGGCAGGCGUGACUGCGAGCUGUCGGCACAGCGGGGGUCAGCGGCGGCGUCUCUUGCCCGAACCCUGCUUUGCAGCAAUUGUCUGCCUUGGGAACUGAAACGAGCCUGGAUUACCGGCCGCGUUCUCCCCUCAGCUUACUCCUCCUUGGCCUUCUCGCGCGCUGACUCCGCCCGGGCUGCUGCGCCAUUGGCUGGACUCUUUGAACGCACAGCUAGGAUCCUGUUGUCAUCCUGGCAAGUCGGUCACAAACUUACCACCCCUUUGCUUCGGCUUCUCGCUGAUAUCACCCCUCCUGACCUUGCUACCACUGUUAGCCAGUGCCGCCUUUGCGUGCAACUUUUCUGCAAGGCUCCUGCGGCUGUCAGGGAAAUUGUCGAUGCUGCGUGGAACCGGGCAAUCCCUUGGUGUCAGGCCCUCGUCCUUGCCUGUUUGCGAGUGGGAGUCGCCUUAGACUCCUGGGACCCCGCCGCUCCCCCCUCCAUCACUGUCCUGUUCGUUCAGCAGAACGGACGCGCUCUCCUUCGAGCGUGCAAGGCUCUGAGCAAAUUUGGGCACAGGUACGCUGCCUGCGCACAGCUUUGGGCGGAUCUGGCCUCCCGUCGCACCACCAAGAUCCUAGGUGCGCCACAAUCCCACAGUUGCCCGGUCUGUCGAGGAGUUUUCCCGAGCCUUCAUGCAGUACGAGCUCACAUGCAUCGGAAACACGGCGUCCUGUCUGAUGUGACUGCCUAUAUGGCGGGCUCGGUUUGUCUUUGGUGUAUGCGAGACUUCCAAUCCUCGGAUCGACUGAAGCACCACCUUCAAACGCAGCGCUCCUGCCUGCACGGCCUGCGCGUUACAGUCGGCCCUGUCUACCAGUACGGCUCGGGCACAAAACGUUCGGGUCGCGCCAGCCACCGGGGAGUCCCUCCGCAGCGCAUCUGCGGGCCUUGCAAUGCCACCCCAGCGCAGAGACGGGCGGCCGACCUUGGGGUGCCGGCCGAUGAUGCUGCCCUGCAAGCUGAGUGGGACGCUGUUCAACGCUCCCCUGCCCUCUCGGACCUUGUCCCCGGCAACCUGCAUCGUCCUUCUCCCUUGUCGCCUUCCGACGAUGUUUUCGGCGCACAGCAGGCUUGCCAUAUCUCCGCUGCACGCGGUUCCUCCCCCACGUCCCUUGCCUCCCAGCAUUCCCGCUCGGCCACUGUCGAUGUGGCCUCUCCUGUGCAACACCCUUUGCAAUGGUUCUCCGUUGUGGAAGGGGCUGCUGGCUGUGACGACUGGGCUCUUCCCUCGCCCUGGUGGCCUGGGCUUCUUGGCCUUGGAGGUGUUUUUCAGCUUCCCUCCUCCUGGCACCGGCUCUGGCCUAUGUGGUCCGCGCUCGAGUUCUUCGAACCUUGGGAGCAUCGGGCCAUCCGUCGCUUUGGUGUUCUGCGCUCCGCCUCUUCGUGUGGGUUGGGCGCAACAGCCACCCUUGCUGAUGCCACUGCUGGCAAGUGGUCUCUUUUGGAGUUGGCCGCUGCCACGGUAUCCUUCCGUAUGAUCUGCAAGGCUGUCCUCCGCAGCGGUGCCCUCUGGCUUUGGGGGCGCCCCAGCAAUUCGGGCCUUGCCCUGCUGCGCCGCUUGCUCCCGGCGGCCUUCUUCUUGGACUUCCUUUCGCCGAGGGGACGGGUCUUCCUUGUCGCUAGCUCUGCUUCCUUGGCCUCCCUUGUGCGUGCAGUCAUUGCUCGCCCUGCCUGCUCGGCCCCGGCCUCGCUUCCUUUGCGAGCUUUCUGGGCCUAUCCGGCAGCAUGA